AUGAAUCGAACGAGUUGCGACAGUUGUAGGGAUCGAAAAAUAAAGUGCACCAAACCGGACACGGACGAGGCGAGCCCCCAAGGUGAUGUUCUGCAUAGUGCUCGAGAAGAAAGCGAUGUUACGCUCCCCGAAAUUGUCAAUCUUCAUCAGGAUUUGGGAUGCUUGAUGGUUGAUGCUCAAGGCGAAUACCGUUACGUCGGUGCUGAUUCAGGAAUGAGCUUCAAUAUUGCUGUGAGGUCCUGGUUCUUCAACGAUUCUCACGCCACCGAGAAAGUCGAUAUCUUGCCCUCCAUGAUUAAGGUGACUAUGCCGACCGCGGAACGUCAAUCGAACCCCGACAACGACUUAUCGCCUGAGAUGUUGGCGCUAGCAUCUCGAGACAUCUCGUUGGCUUGUGCCUCCCGGUUCUUCGAAGAGGUGCAUCCCAUGUAUUGGCUGUUCCCUUCGGAAGACUUUUACACUCGUUUCGAGGCUACUUACUCUAGGGCGCAUGUUCCGCUGGCUAGCUCAUGGCUCUGCACAUUACACAGCAUAAUAGUUAGCCCGGGAUCUUAUACGCCUCACGGUUUACUCGAACCUUACGUUCGCCUAGCCAAACUAGCUAAGAAAAUUCGGCAAGUCCUCUACGUUGGGCCAAUCGACGACGGCCGACAGUUGACUCAAUCCAACUUCGAAGACUCCAUUAGAUCUCUAAACAGAUGGCUAGACGACAUCCCACCACAUCUCCAGCUGACAUUGUCCGUGCCGCCGCCCCACAGAAGACAAGUCGCCAUACUCCAUUUGCGAUACUGGAAUACUGUUAUGCUCGUUACGCGGCCAUUCCUCCUCUGUAUGCUUUUACGUGGGAGCGAGCUGGCUAAUACACCCAAGAAACAGUAUUUCGAUGGGUUUUCCAGGCUGUGUGUGUCUGCUGCUGAAGCUUCGAUUGAUAUAUUCGAAGAUAUGGUUCCGCAGGGCCUCGUGUCAAGCUUGGUUCUCAUCGACUUCUUCUUUGCAUUGCAUGUCGUGCAAGUCAUUCUCGCGGCCUCUGCUCUCUACUGCCCAGAAACCCACCUGGCCCAGGCAAAAAGAUGCGUUACCAUCCUAAACGCAAUUGGCUCUUUUGGUUGCCCGAAGCAUCUUCUUCCCGAGACGCUCUUUGAGCUGCAGCAGGUCGGUUUAUUGGACGAUCUGGAUGGCCGCGUCUAUACUGAUGAGCUUCCAAAUGGGCUGCUUAAUACAAGCUUCGAAGGCAGUUCGCUGAAAGACACACGAUCAGACGGAAUGGACUGCUCAGAACUAAAUUGGAGGAUAUUGGGAGAUCUGGACGUCUUUAAUAUUUCUCUGGAGGAAAACUUCAUCGACGAGCUGAUGCAUAUAUCUGGACCAUUCCCAGAGUCGUAA